AUGUCGACCGUCACUGCGGCCACUGACGCCUACGCCAUCCUGGGAGUUGGGCGAGAUGCCAAACUCCCUGACAUCAACAUUGCCUACAAGCGCCUUGCCUUGAAGCUCCACCCAGACAAGGCUGGAAAUUCCCCUGCAGCCGUUGAGCGAUUCAGAAAGAUUCAAGAUGCUGUUGAGGUCCUCCGUGACGAAGACCGUCGGCGCUUGCUUGACGAGGCCCUGAAAAAGAAGACCAAGAGACAUCUGGAUCCCGAGGAUGACAUACCGGCUCGGGCCUUCAAGAGCAACUACAAUCCUUCAUCAAAGCGAGAACGCCACAGGCAUGAUUUCAAAUGGCCGAGCCCAUUUGCCGAACCAGCAUGGCAUCACCGCCAGCACACCUUUAGCUACUACUACAGUUACGGAACAAGUGUGCACAUGGACCCGGAGUCGGCCGAAUCCAAGGCCAAACGGGCGCAAUUUGAAGCAGAAAAUGUCCAGUGGGAGAACGAAUGGCUUGAUAUUGAUCCAGAAGUGCAGAAGGCACGGGCUGAGCUUCGCAAAGAAAACAUGCGGGCUCGGAUGAAGCGUGACCUAGCAGAUAUGGCGAAGGGCCAGGAUGAAGACACCAAAUAUGCCGAUUUCGACCAUGUUGUUGAAGGAGUUUUGGACGAACUCAACUUUGGCCACGACGAAGAUUUCGUGCAUGUCCUGCCUAAAGAGAACAUCAAGACCUGCAACCCUGCUGACACGUUUGACACAUUUUCCUAUGAAUACGCCAAAAAGUGCCGUUCCGGUGACGAUGGUCCAACUCACUUUGAUCGCGCUUCGAAUCCUCAGUCUGCUACUGGCAGCGAUUCGUCCUUUGACUUCACAACAAGUAGCAACUCCACCAGCUACACCCACUCAGCCAACGGGCACGCAAAUUUCAAGUCCACCGUUGAGGACUAUGAAUCUACUACUGAUAACUCCGAAUCCACCACUGACGACUUCAACUCUGACGCUGACAAGCUGAUCAACUCCUACAUGGUCGGCCACGAUUCGUUGCUCCCUCUAGUCUCAUUCCUCAAGCAAAAGCUCGCCGACCCUCAUGGACGCUAUACUCUUGAUGACCUCGGCGGUGAACUUAAUGGCAUCAUGCUGGAGACCUAUUGCGGCUGGUUGGAAGAUGUUCGUCUUUCGGUCCCAAAUGCCUCGCCUGUUACAGUUCGGAAUGACCCCAAGUUUUGCUCCCACCUUGGUCUAUGGUACAAGGAGUUCGGUCGUCCCGUGUGCAAUGUUUGCAACUUGUGGAUGCCAACAUUCAUCCUUACCUGUCCUGGCUGCGGUCUGAACGCCUGUGUCAGAUGUAAGUUCACGGGUUAUGGUACGCAGGAGCAGUGA